AUAGGAACUGGCAAAAAACCUAUUUAUAUACGUAUUAUUGCAAAUAGAGAUGUUACAAUUUGUACUUUUUUACGCUGCAGCACCGCAGCUAUCACUACUAGGUACUAGCUACGCGGAGGAGUAACGAAUUCGCUGGAUAGCGCCGAGCAUUAGCAGCAUUGUCGAUCCUUGAUUGAUCAAGCAGUGCGAGUAGUGCGAGGAACGUGUGUGUGUAUGUGUGGCAUUUUACACGGACUUGUUUCACCAAGUGCAUUAAAAGAGCAACAUGGGAAUACUGGAGAAAAUAAGCGAGAUCGAGAAGGAGAUUUCGAGGACACAAAAGAAUAAGGCUACUGAAUACCACCUUGGGGUUCUGAAAGCAAAACUUGCGAAGUACAGGUCGCAACUUCUGGAACCACAAGGCAAGUCCAAGGAUAAGGGUGAAGGAUUCGAUGUUAUGAAAUCUGGCGAUGCCCGGGUGGCACUCAUUGGGUUCCCUUCCGUCGGCAAGUCAACGCUCCUCAACAUCCUGACGGAUACGCACAGCGAAUCAGCAGCAUACGAGUUUACUACUCUCACGUGCAUACCAGGCGUUAUACAGUACAAAGGUGCAAACAUUCAGCUGCUGGACUUGCCUGGUAUCAUUGAAGGAGCUUCCCAGGGCAAGGGUCGAGGACGACAAGUUAUUGCCGUGGCCCGAACUGCAGACUUGGUGGUCAUGAUGCUGGAUGCAACCAAAGGAGAAGUACACAGGGGCCUGCUAGAAAAAGAACUGGAAACGGUGGGAAUCAGGCUGAACAAGCGACCACCCAACAUUUACUUCAAGGAAAAGAAGGCUGGCGGACUGUCUUUUAAUUCCACCUGUAACCUGACAAAAUGUGACGAGAAAGUUGUGCAAAUGAUACUCCACGAAUACAAAAUGUUCAAUGCCGAAGUCCUCUUCAGAGAAGACUGCACCCCCGACGACCUGAUUGAUGUCAUCCUACGAAACAGAGUCUACUUGCCCUGCGUGUACGUCUACAACAAGAUCGACCAGGUGUCCAUCCAGGAGGUCGACCGACUGGCACGUGAGCCACACAGCAUCGUCGUCAGCUGUAACAUGAAGCUGAACCUAGACUACUUCUUGGAUAGAGUCUGGGACUAUCUAGCCCUCAUUAGAGUCUACACUAAGAAACGAGGCUGCCCUCCCGAUUUUGAAGAAGGCCUCAUUCUUCGAAGGAAUGCUACCAUCGAACAUGUGUGUCACGUGAUUCACAGAGGAAUUGUGCACGUCUUUAAGUAUGCCCUUGUUUGGGGUACCAGUACCAAGUACAGUCCACAGAGGGUAGGACUAUCUCAUGUAGUCCACCACGAGGAUGUUGUGCAGAUAGUGAAGAAGUGAUGGAAGUUCAUGGGACGUUUAUUAGCAACAGCCUUACAAUUGAAGAGUGGACACGGUGCGGUACAGCUGCCACAUGAAAGAGGAAGAAAAAACCCCGUCAGUUGGGACUGUAUAAAGAUGAUGCCUUUCUAAGCUUACCUCUUGGAAUUUGUGGAACUGUCGAAUAUAGAAGUCCCCGUAACGUCUCGCCACUUUGGUGUCCGCUAUGUGGAUCAUGUUCUGUUUUUGCACAAAAAAAGAAUGCAAGACUCCUAAAUCGACAUUGCAUUGUGUCAUUUUGCAAUGUUGUUUCCAAAAUCGAAAAGAAACAUUGAGCUCAAAUUUUGCAAUAAAGACUGUGUGCAACUGAA